UUUUAAUUCCAACUGUAAUAUUAAGUGCAUGGCCUUUAAAUGUAAAAAAACUACAAUGUAUUUGUUUUGUGUAUAUGUGUAAUUUCAACUCUUCCCAAUGUCAUUGGGGGGCUUCAGUUCGUACGAGGAGUACCUAAGUGCGGCCCUGGAACUCUUAAAAUCCUACCAGUGGAUAUUUCGCCAUAAAAACACCGAUAUUUUAACUGAAAACGUGCUUACCAACUUCCCCCCGCAUUGGACCGAAUACUUUAACCAACUAAGCACCGAUGACUUGCAUCGGAUCAUUUUGGGAGAGACUCGGGGUGACACGCCAGAAGAUCUAAAAGAGUUUUUUGAAACAAUUAGGUCGUUGAGUCUAGAGAGCGAUAAAGGGGGCGGCUCACCCUCGGAUUGCCCCAGAAUAAGCGGGUUGAGUAGGAAAAAGGCUCACGAGAUAGCGCUUUUAGCGCCAGUCAUUCAUGAGAUCUGUGAGUCUACCGGGUGCGAUUUGAUUGUAGAUGUGGGAUCUGGAAUAGGUCAUUUACCGCACCUGUUACACGACAAAUAUAACUACCCCAUCCUGGCCCUGGAAGCGUCCAAGAAAUUAGUGGAAACCGCCCAAAUGCACCAAUCCAAACUCCAUCCCAAAUCCAAAGCCAACGUAAUUUUCCGGGAGUUUUACGUCACGGAAUCGAGUGCCCAAUCAAUAGAAAACCUGGUGAAAACCCAUUUUGGUCCCGAUAAGAAAAUCUGCCUGACUGGUUUACACGCGUGUGCCGAUUUAACGGUCGAAGUACUAAAACUAUUUGAAAAACUCCAGAAUGGACACGCGAUGGUCAUAAUGCCUUGCUGCUACCACCGCAUGACGGACGAUGUCAAUUAUUUCAAAUGUUUCCCGUGUAGCGCCAUCUGUAAGCAAUUGUUUGACAAGUAUGACAGUUCCAAGUUCAUUGGGCGGCCAUUUUUACGACUGGCCUGUCAACAAACUGUCAGAUCUUACGUGACGAUGUCCAGGGAGGAGCACGAGAGGCGUGGGCGGUUGUGUAUGCAGAGGGCGUUACUGCAGCUGGUAGCUGAGAUGGAAAAUUGCUCGGUACGAAGACUAAAGAGAAAAUCGGGCAAAUCGGACGCAACAGACAGUGACGAAGGUUUCGAGGCGUAUUUGAAUAAUUUACCGAGAACGCACCGACUUGUACGGCGAGACGACGGCCAACCGACCGAUUACCAUCGCCAGCAACAACUUUUUUCGAUCAAAAUGCGUGAAAAAUGGAACGAAAAACACAAAAAUGAUUGUUGGGCCGCCGAAGUUUUAACGGGGCUUCAGGCGGCCAUUCAGUCCGUAUGCGAGAACGUCAUUCUGCUUGAUAGAGUCGCAUUUCUAAAGGAAAUGGGGAUCCAUUGUUGUACUAGAAAAAUAACAAAUGAUUCUAUCUCGCCACGGUGUUGGGCACUGAUUGCCCUCAAGAAUGUGCGGGUGCAAUAAAUCACUUUUAAAGUUG